CAGAUCCGUAUGUAAAAGUUUCAUUAUUUUGCCAAGGAAAGAGAAUAAAAAAGAAGAAGACAACGGUGAAAAAAAAUACACUGUCUCCAAUUUACAAUGAAAAUAUGGUGUUUGAUAUUCCAGCAGAGAAUAUUGAUGACGUAAUAUUGAUUGUUAAAGUUAUUGAUUACGAUAGAAUUGGGUCGAAUGAAUUGAUGGGAUGCACGGCAAUAGGAUCGAAUGCGAUAGGCAUCGGAAAAGAACACUGGUCAUCGAUGUUGGAGAGUCCUCGCGAACCGCAAACACAAUGGUAUCCGUUACUUGAUAGUGUUACUAAUCAUAUCCAACCAAUAUCUACGGAACGACUUCCUAUUAGUCUCAGUUGUAUCAAUAGCAGGUAA